UUUUCAAGGACGGUCAAAAAAGAAUGGUUCUUUUUCCAUGAAGAGUGAAGGGUGAAAUAAAUAAAUGAGAAAGAAAUUAAAAAGUCCGGUAGUUGAAAUGUGAUGACUACUCGAUUGAAGCAUCAUUAUUCUUCGUGAAAAAAUUCCAUUUAUCCACAUUUUCUUAUUUAAUCAAAAAUUUAUCGAUUUUCACAAUUUCAUUGGUUUUUUGACAAAAAUGCGAGAAAAAAUCAAUUGAAGUGAGAAAUAAACCGUAUUUCUUCACGUAAAAUAAUUUAAAAAUUCGCUCAAUGGAAUUUUAGAGCAUUUACAGUAAUAAUAAAUUUUGUUUUCCGAGGAAACCAGAAUUUAUGAGUCCCUAUUUGAAUUUAUGGUUGGGCGAUGCACGCCCGACUAUUACUAGAGGGACCUUGAUGACUAUCCGCAACGGAAUUUCUUUAAUGCAAAGUCGAAUUUCUCGCUCUUUCCCAAUAUUUUCUUGGGGCAACUCCUACGUACUUUGUCUUUCACAUGGCAAAAUACAUCGCACCAAUUUUUGUGGUAGCCAUUGAAGGUCAGUCAACAGGAGACAUCCACACUGUCGACAUCUCAGCAAUCGUUACGUUGAAAUCUCAGUAGUCAACCGCAAAAAAAAACACGCGUCAAUAUGCCGGAAACGCGAACCGUAACGAAUAUUGUGUUAAUCGGGAAUGCGACUCCUGAUAUUUGUGGAAAUCAGUUGCCUUCGAACCGGCAGGUGUUACAAUGCUACUUUUACCAGACGAGAUAUGCUGAACCAAAACUCACAUCUCGUAGAGCUGGAAUGAGUGUUGUGCGAAAGUGCGCUGUCUUCUGGGAAUAUGCAGGGAUCCCAAUAGUGCAAGAGUCGUAUGCGAUCGAUAAGGUGGAAAAAUUAGUGAAACGAUAUAAAUACAUUCUCAAGUACGGAUCACGCAAGGAGGAGCCAGUGGUACAAUGCAAGGUGAUCGAUUUCACAUGUAUGCUGGAAAAUCUGUUCGAUAUUGCUCAUGAAAAGCAAAUGAAGAGCAUAGAAAAUGAAGAAGCGAAAACAUUAUUGAAUCUGCAUCGAGAAACAGGACGAAAUGGCCGUUUAGAUAGAAUCAUUGACACUGGGAUUGGAAUUCUGUGUUUACGAGAAAAAAAAGAAGAAAGGGAAACAGAGGAGUUAUUAGAAGUUCAACCCCGGCCUACUAUGCUGAAUAUUGCUAAUUGCAUGCUAGAUGAAGAUGAAAACCUCGAUGAGUUGUUGAAACAAAUAGACGAUAGCGAUGAAACGGACGGCAGUUAUCAAGUCCAGUUACCAACCACGAAAGCCAAACGACAGAAACUUAUGGCUCCCAAUCUCACGGCAGUUCUAGAUAGGGCUAAAGUUAGUGAUCGCAUGGCCGCAAGGAUCCUUGCUGCUACCCUCAUAGAGGCCGGGAUAACGUUGGAAGAUGUUGAUUUGAGCCGCGAAACUAUUCGUCGAAAUCGACAACAACAUCGCGAGGUACUCCAAAGAAGCAUUUGCGAUAAUGUGAGAAUUAAAAAACCAGAUGUCCUCGGCGUUCACUGGGAUGGAAAGCAGGAGACGGAUCCGGGAAAUAAAUUCGUAAAAGCUGAUCGACUUUCGGUGCUAGUAUCGGGUCAUGAGUGGAGUCAAUUGCUUGGUGUACCCAGAUUGGAACGAGGAACCGGAUAUACGCAAGCCGAAGCAGUCCAUAGAUUACUGAAGGAAUGGGAUCUGCUGGACGAUGUAUGCACCAUGGUGUUUGAUACAACAGCAAGCAAUACAGGUGCCUUCAAUGGUGCAUGCAUCUUACUGGAACAACUAGUUGGAAGAGACCUGCUGCAUUUGCCAUGUCGUCACCACAUUCUGGAGCUACUUUUGAGAGCAGCCUUUGAAUCUGGCAUGGGAUGGACUUCGGGGCCCGACGUUCCAAUUUUCAAAAGGUUUCAAGUGCAGUGGAGCAGUAUCGACAAAAAUGAUUUUUCCCCCGGAGUUCAUGAUGCUACAGUGAAGGAAGCACUCAAUGAUCACAUGCAACAAAUGCUCGAUUUCGCUGAGGCACAAUUAAAGGGUGAUACUGUUCGCAUGGACUACAAGGAGUUCCUGGAACUGGUGGUAUUGUUUCUGGGUGGGAAUUUACCGAGAGGAAACCGUUUCAGAGCUUUGAUCGGUAUUCACCAUGCUAGGUGGAUGUCGAAAUCGAUCUACUCCCUAAAAAUCUUCUUGUUCAGAAACCAGUUUAAUUUAACAUCGAAAGAAAAAUCGGGACUGAUAGAUGCAUGUAUUUUUAUUAUCAUGUCGUACCAGAGGGCUUGGUUCACGGCUUCUAAUGCAGUCUCAGCUCCGAACAACGAUCUUCAUUUGUUGAAAAGGAUCGCAACGAACGCUAGUUCUUCAAGUCGUGUCGCAGUAAAGCUCUGGAAAGCUGUUUUUGCCAAGUUCGUGAACCACCUCUGGUAUUUAUCGGAGGAAUUGAUUGCUUUUGCCUUUUUUGACGAGAAUGUAACUCUAGAUUGUAAGAGAAAAAUGUGUCGAGCAAUCAAAUCUUCUCCGCCACUCGGUGAUGAUAGAAAGAGGAGAAGAACUGGAAUCCAUGAUCUAGCGUUGAUUCCACAAUUAAGCUUAGAUUCAUUUGUUACGCAGAAUGCACAGAAAUUCUUCGAAAUUUUGAGAAUCGACUGUAAUUUUCUGGAGAGUGAUCCAGUCACAUGGGAGAUGAGAGAGGAUUUUGCCAAAGCUAUCAAAAUUGUCAAAUCUCUCCAAGUGACAAAUGAUAUUGCGGAAAGGAGUGUGGCUCUCAUGAGCGAAUACAAUAAUUUGCUCACGAGAGACGAAAAUAGCAAACAAAAUUUAUUGUUAAUUGUGAAAGAAUUCAGAGAAUUAUCACCGGGUUACUCGAGAAAAGAUUUGCAGUCUAGGCUUGAUGAUUAUUUAGAUAACCAACUGCUGAAUGAUUACGAGUAUGUGAAUAAAUGGGUUAAGCAGGAGAUAGUAGUGGAUCCUGAGUGGGAAGUCUUCGACAUCAUCGUGCUUGCUUGGGCUGACAAUUAUGAUACGGCUACACGUCGUUUAGAAAGAGCCUACAGCAUGAGGGAAGUGGCAAGUUCUGAUAAUCAGAAAAACCGACGUGAACUUGUCGUUCUUCCAGAAAAAAGCGUUCAUCAGAUCCUCCAUGAAACGACACCUAUGGUUCGUUCUACUUCGAAGCUCAGGGGUACCAAAGCCAUUGGUCUUGCAUUUGGUGAUAAGACACAAUCUGACAAUAAGUCUCCCUCAAAAUCAACGAAAAAAAUUGUCAGAAAGAAUAAGGAAACGAUCAUCUCCGACACAUCAAGCUCGUCAUCCUGCCCAACGACUCCACGAAUAUCACUUCAGAAAUGUCCAGCAGCAAUUCGUCCACAAAAUCUCUCGGGAAAGACUAACUCUUCUUCAUACAAGACUCCUUCUCUCACGAAGAGAUUUCGAAAAGUUUAUGAAAAAUUGCAGAUAAUAUCCUCCGAAGACUCUCAGGAAUAUGAGAAUAACUCGUCAAAGUCCUCAGUAGAGAGACUCCCCAAGCAUAAUAUGAGUUGA